AUGGGUGAUCUACUCAAGUUUUUCAAGUCCAAAAAUGUGGACAGGAAAUUCGCUAAGUUAGGCGAAGGCCAUCGACUAAGCGAUGCCAGCGUUGGUCACUCCGGUACAUCAGUUUCCAAAAAUAAGAAAGAGUUUACGUCUUCGCUACGGUCAGCAUCAUCGUCCGGAUCAGCAGAAGCAGCAAUGUCCAGGUUAUCGAUCUCAAGGCCCCAGAACACUUGCGUUCACACAGAGACCUCUACUCAAGGUGGUGAAAACCUGUGGCAUCAAUCAGUUGAAGUAGAACCCACACAGCAACACAUAGUGAAUGCAGAAAAACCUGCAGUUAUUUCAAAACUUUUGUUCUGGUGUCCUAAACUGUUUGGUGAUGCAGUGAUCGGAUCGCGAGAUGAAGUGGAACAGGCUAUUCACAAUUAUCUUUUAUCUGAAUCCAGUUUUAAUGCAAGUGAAGCUGUAGUGUUAAUGUUGAUACGAGGAUUGGAAAGAAGCAAACCUCCAUCGUCAUCCAAUAUUUCGAUCUCCAUUCGUGAAAUAAGAGAGAAUAGAAAGCAGAAUAUUAUUCGGAUUUUACAGAAUCUUAUUCGUUCUCCAGAAAAUCUUGUUUAUCGACGUUUACGUGCUUCGAACAAGUUAAUACAAGAUCUGCUUUCUGUCGAUGGGGUAGAGCAGUUUUUGACAGCAUGUAAUUUCAAGAAGCAGUUGUUACCUAUCACACAUCCAACUGAGCCAAAUCAAAGUAAUGGAGACUCAGUGAUCCAGUCAACUGAGGAAAUAGCUGAAAAUGAAGUCUUUUAUGUAGUAUCUGAAGAAGAUGCACAAGAUCGAGAGUACUUAGAAAAGUUAUUGAAUCUUUUAAUGACAGCUGAUUCCAUCUUCCCUGAAUUAUAUCGCGAUACAAAAGUGUUUAGAGCUACUGGUCGAGCCGUAUCAUGUGUUUCUCGGGACCACCUACCUGAUGAUUUUUUUAUUCUAACGAAAGAAGAACUUCGCAAAUGCAUUGACCAACAAAGACAAAUUAUAGAGGAAAGUGGUAUGCUGCUUACUAAAGCAAUGAGAGAACGUUUGAAAACCCAAGGCAUGAAGUCAUUUCGUUACGCUGUCAUUCGUGUCAGGUUUCCAGACAAUCUUAUUCUUCAGGUCAGUUUAUUUUAUGCUGUUGACACACUCCUGUCAGUUCGACAGUGGGUUUCAGAAUGUUUAGCUGAACCACUUUCAUUUCGUUUGUACUCCCCACCAAGUCUUGAAAUUGCAGCACGUUUAAAAGCGCCUCCGACAACAUAUAUUGAGUUAACAGAUGACAAUGCUAGUGUAGCCGAAUUGGGUUUAGCACCUUCUAGCCUGAUCAACCUAAUCUUCGAAGAUGGUCAAAAGCUUAACUCCAGUAGUCCACUACGACGUGAUUUGAGUAAAUUUAUUGAAAUACUGUAG